UUACUGCACAGCGCUCAUCAAUCCACGAUGCUCUCCUCCUUGGUCGCAAUCGUGCUCGUACUCCUGUCGUAUUCGAUAUGGCGCCGUCUGAAGUUAUUUCGAGUUCUAUGGAAAGCCGGGCAUGUCGGACCCCGAGGAAACAUCAUUUCCGGUAGCUACUUCGAGAUGAAGCGUCAUGGAUGCCUGAUUCUAUUCGAAAAAUGGUUCAAAGAGUAUAAGUCCGAUACGAUUGGCUUCUACUACGGCACUCAACCAUUUGUUAUAUCGAAAAACCUUGACUUGGCGAAGCAGAUCCUGAUCAAAGAUUUCCAGAACUUCAAAAACAGAGCGAACAACUCCCCACUCGAAGCGGCGCAUCCUAUGAUCGGAGCUCAUCUGCUCUUCACAAAUGACGAUCGAUGGGAGCGAAUUCGGAAUUUCAUGACGCCAAGCUUCAGCACCGUCAACUUGAGGGAGAUGUUUACACGCUUGACCAAGUGCAUGGAUGUUUUCAUGGAAAACCUGGAAGUUGCUCCCUUGAACUCAAUCGACGUCUACCCUCUGAUACGUCGUCUCACUUUGGACAACAUAGCGCGAGCAGCUUUCAGUGUCGCGACCAAUGUGCAGGAGAACCCUUUCGGAUCGCCCCCGAAAUUCCAAAUCGCCGCCGAGAGAUCGAUAGACCUCUGGGGCUCACAUUGGCUGAGUCCAGUAGCGCUAUGCCUGAGACCGGUGGGACAAUUUCUCUUUCGGAAACUGCGAGCCAUGGGGCUAGUCGAGCACCCCCAGGAUGCGAUGUCAAACUACAUGGAACAAUUGACUGAUUUGAGAAAUUCUUCAAGAAAGAUUCCGGGAGGACCGCAGUCAGAGACCGAAUGGGUCGAUUUCAUGCAGAAUUUGAUCAAUGGAGCCAGACGCGAAACGAUGGACUCCCGGAAGUUCCAUAGACAUCUCGGUUUCAAACUCUCAAGGAAUGAAGUGGUCGGAAACUGCCUCCUUUUCUUUCUAGCAGCCUUCGAAACUACGAGUUCUGCCCUGAGCUUCCUCAUAUACAGCUUGGCUAGAGAGCCAGAGAUUCGAGCGCGCCUUCGUCAUAAUCUUCAGAAAAGUCUGGAAGAAACUGGAUAUGAGCUCAGCUAUGAUUUUGUGAUGAACCAUCGCUACCUCGACAUGGUUAUCAACGAGGGGCUGCGACUCUAUCCGACCGCCAACGGAUUCUUGGGUCGCGCAACCAUCAGGGAUUACGAGUACAAGGGCAUCAAGAUACCGGCUGGAGUUGAUGUUCUUUUCCCAGCCUUCCACAUCCACCGAGACCCGAAGAACUUUCCUGAACCGGAGAAAUUCGACCCAGAGCGUUUCAGCCCUGAUCGAAAGAAUCAGACCCCUUCGCUUGCCUAUCUGCCUUUUGGGGCAGGCAAACGGUCGUGCAUCGGGAAUCGAUUCGCGCUGAUGCAAAUGAAGCAGCUUAUCGCCAGAAUAGUGCUAAAAUACGACUUUCAUCUCGUCGCUGAGAAACAUCGCGGGCCGCUCAAAUUGACGGACAGAGCAUUUGUAUUAAUCGUGCCUGGGGAGGGAAUUCAUGUCAAGCUCGUUCCGAUAUAAAACAAAACUCACUACAUCGCCAGAAGAA